UGAGGCUGUUCCUCUUUCCUCUGUGUCAGAGCCUAUUAAUAAUUUAUUUUGCUUGUCAACAACUAAGUGAAUUCUAAUGAUUGACGAGGACAGCUGGAGUGUCUGUCAUACCACCUUUGCAUAGGUUUUUGUUUAUGUUGUAAAUUGUCAAGUUAUGGAAAUUCAGCACUGAAUGGAAAACAGAGGAUUUUGUUACAGUACAGGAUAUCUUCAUUUGUUAACUUGAGCCCUGUGGUGUGAAGAGACAUGAAGGCUCUGUUUGGACUGUUGGUGAUGUUAGCAGCAGUGUCUCAUGGCAUGGAGACCCCCUGUGAUGCUACACUGGAUGGAGCUCGGUGUUAUGGAACUCUGGGAGGAACUGUCUUUCUCCAGCUGAUGACCAUUGUCGGUGGAGUCCCUGACAUAUCAUUAAAAACCGAAUCCAAUGAUGCUGCUAAAAUUAUACUCAAAAUUAGAAACAAACACCCCAAAAUAGUGAAAAUCCACAAAUCCAUUGAAACCAGGGCACACUUCUUUAUCAACAACGGGACGCUUAGGAUAGAUAACACAGAAAGGAAUGAUUCUGCUGAAUAUAGACUAGAAACAUUUAAUGCAGAUGGGAAAACAUUAGGGACCAGGAAACUACAACUGUUUAUUGAAGCCCCAGUGUCCUCUCAGCUGUCCUCUCAGUGUCUGACCCAUGGAGAGAUGAGGGUGUCCUGCUCCUCUGAGGGGGACGGUCCUCAGUACAGCUGGACUCUGGACGGACACCCACUGAGAGACACUGAGGCCUCUCCUGGUGACAAGACAAACACCAUUACACUGAAGAGAGGCCAGUCUGGAGAUCUCACGUGCACCGUCAAAAACAACAUCAACAGUGUUACUGUGAGCAAAAUAAUCUCCCCCUGUGAGGGGCUUAUGUAUGUUAACUGCACUUCCAACGGGACAAAGAUAUCAGAGUGGGUGAUUGCCACUGGUAAUACCCUGUGUAUUGAACUUACAACAGUGGCACACACAACUGUGACAAAUGCCUUCACCAGUAAAACAGAGGCAACCAAAGAGAUCAUAGGGAUGGUAGCAGCGUCUCUGGCAGGUGUAGUCCUUGUCCUAGUAAUGGUGUUGGCAGUUUACUGUGUCCAGAAGAAAAAGAAACCUCCAAAGACUUCAGUUCAUGUUGACAGUCAGGAUGUGGAAUACGCGAAUGUCAGGACACUGAAGAAGCAGAUGAGACUGCAGGAAAGAAAGGUGGAGUACGGACAGGUGAAAAUCACUGGGGCUCCCCAGCAGCCAUUGGAGGUGUUUGGACAGAAUAAAACAUUAGAGGGUCCCCGGUGGAAGGUAUGCACACCUGAGGAGGGGGACUGUGUGUACGCCAGGGUACGCAAAGGCCAGUGAGCAAGGUACUGUCCAGAUUCAAUAUAACAGAAGGAGGCUGAUUUAUAGGAAAGUAUAACGCAGUGUCCAUCUUUCUAUUUGCAUAUCAUCCCUAACAGGUAUUGUAUAUCUUACAGAUUGUGUCCCAUUAUUACCAGAUUCAGGUUUUCAAAGGUGGUCAUUACUUAAUUUGCAAUAUGUACACCAAGUCUUAAAGAACCACCAAGUUAAAUCAUUUGACAAACUAAGUUCAGACUUCCAUUUGCCAAAGUCAGAUUUCUUUAGCUAUUUACAACUAAGAUACUAUUUACUGAAACACCCCAAAUAGGUAAUAACAAAGGGUGAGUACUCUCCCAUAGAAAAACUCAAUCAUCAGAAAAUGGCAACUAGUAGUCAACAAGUAAAACUGCACCAAUGUGAUGAUAUCAUGGCACUGCGCAAUACUCCGUAAACUAAGUGCAAGUGGGAACCUGAACUUGGGGAGAACAUUGAACAUGAAACUUAGGAGGAAAUACCAUUUUGGGUACUUUCUAACUCCAUACACAAUGGUGAAGAUAAGUCAAGAAACAACCAGUGAAUACUGGAGAAAAUGUGGGGAAUUGUUCACAAACUACCCACUUAUUUUGGGAUCUUGUUCCAGAAUGAUGAAAUUAUGUUAUUAUGUUUUUAUUAUUAUGUUUUUGACUUUGUUAACAAUAUGUUUAAAUGCUCCCUGGCAAAGGACCCAACGAGUAUUACAAAAUGCCUAUCUAUUGAUUAUACUCCUGUCUGCAGCAAAUAAAUGUAUUACAGCACAUUUGUUAAAUAAGGACAUUCAUACUAUGAGUGGAAUUGUAGAGUGAAUUGAAUAUAUUUCUUGUAGAAUAAACUUUUUCCACAUUGUGUUGUUACAGCCAUAAUUUUAAAUUGAUUCAAUUGAGAUUUUGUGUCACUGGCUUACUCACAAUAAUGUCAAAGUGGAAUUUUUUUUUUUUUAUGUUUACAAAUGAAUAAAAACUGAAAAUCAGAAA